AAGUUAUAUGAUUGUAUAGGAACCUGACCGGGAAAUUGCCCUAAACUGCUCAGGCAAGUGUUCAGCCCCCGAUACCAUAAACCGGCAAAACCCCCUCCCAAGUUUUCGAUUGAAGGCGAUUUGUUUGUUAGCGAUGCAAUCAGUGAGGGAAGAAGAAUCGUCAUCGAUUGAUCAGGGGCCUAGAAGCUGCGGUGAUAACUCUGUCUGGGCCCAUGUAUCGCCUCUCCUUUCCGCCGCUUGCAGUGAUCUUCAUGAGGGCGAGCUCAUUCAUGGAGAUAAUUUCAAUCUUUUUGCUGCUAUGUCUGCGUUGGAGAUAAUGGACCCAAAGAUGGAUUCCGGGAUGGUGUCUACAUUUUAUUCUAUUGACGAAGCCAUUGAAAGUGGCUUUGCCCCCGUCCCUAUCAGUUCUGAUAGGACUGUCGAUGUGCAAUGCAUCAUUGACAUUAUGGACCAUCUCUUGGCCUGCGAGGCAACGUGGCACAUGGGUCACUCAUUGGCACAAACUGUGUUUUCAUGCAUCUAUGUUCUGAGACCUGACAGGACAUCUUCACAUGCUCUAUUGCAUUCCUUUUGUAGGGUCAUCCGAGCAACUUGCAGGGCUCUUGUUUCUGUUCUUUCGGAUGCACGUACAAACGAAGAAGAGGAUCUUUUUACCAUGACAUAUGGUCUUCCUUUUAAUGGAGAUGAAGAUGGGAAGGGCUUGUUACUCUUAAAUGCGGUCGAAGAAACAAUCUGUCGUCAGCUGCGUGCUUGCAAGGCUACAUCAUCAAAGAGGAGAGUAUUGGAAGAAUUGGAACCUCUACAAACUAAUCCGCAAUUGGAAGAGGGCUUUUGCAAAGCUCUGUUAUGCAGGAUACGUUUUCGUAAGCAUUUUCUACACGCUCUUAAUUGUAUGAGAAGACCACAAGGACGAGGCCUAGAAUUGGCAAGGAAACACAUAGCGUAUUGCAUAGCCGAGCUAGAGUCUGUUCUGAGCUCUGUGGAAUUUCUAAGUUUAGAGACUGUCGAAAAUGGCAAAAACGAGAUGGAAGAAAGUACAACUGGAUCGGGUCGUCACCCAAUUGGAUUUGAUCCUAAUUUAAACAAACGAUUAUCAGCUCCAACUCCCCCGCGUGCCAUUAAACUUCUUUCUUGGAAAAAGGCUAUCGACUAUUAUGUGAAACUUCUUCACAAUCUGGAUCAGAUCUGUGCAUUCAAAUUGGAACCAGAUUUAGAUGCCGUCUUGCAGUUUGUGGUUCAAUUUCAGAAAUCUCGUCCUGAUUUAGUUGCUAGAGCUCAUCUUCAGCUUCUCCUUGUGCAAGAUGGGAAGCUUUAUGGCCGUGAUACCUUUUUGACUAUUUGCGCAAGAUCUCUUGCAUUGGACGUCACAAAGAACCAUGGACUUCAUUUGAAUGAGUACAUUCUUCAACUUAAUCAGUUGAUGAUUAAUCUGCUUAAGAUACUAUGUGCUAAUACCCCAUGGCAGAGGCGUAAGCUUGGGAAAAUAUUAAACGACUGGAGUAUAUUCAAUGUGCAGAUGGGGAUCACUGUUGGUAAUAUGAUGCAGCAAGUUACAACACCGCGCACUCCGAAAAAUGGGGAUAAGUCUCUGCUCAUUUUAAAUCAUAUUUAUGGUUGGUUAGAGGAGCAAAUUCAUUGGGUGGCACUUCGCUUUCUUGUGCUGGGGUUUGAUCUAGAGCUCUACUCUCCAAGUGAAUAUUGUAUGGUAUACUGGUAUAUGUACAUUAUACUCUGGAAGCUUGCUGAAAAAGCACACUUCAGGGUGUUAAUUAUUGUUCACACUGAGGAACGGAAGGCAAAGAAGAAGGAGGAUUAUUCCAGGGAUAUGGCUCGGGAAGAUAGGAUUAGUCUAUGGGUAUUACUUCUCAAGUGUCAGACUAGCCUUGCACAAGGGCUCACAGUGAUGAUUGCUGCUUUAAGAAAUGAAGGAAUGUGUUUAAAGAGUCAAGGACCUUUUAAUACCGAAAAUGAGAAAUUUGUUCAGCAUUUUGGACUUCUCCAGAAGGCUUCGCUUCCCAAAUAUGAUGCUUAUGAGUCAUUCUCUGAAUCCACUUGUCAUGCUCGUCUCGAUUACCUUCCUGUGUACGAGUGCUUCCGAGACGCACAAAAGAUGGCUAAAGAGAUAAAGGUGGGUUACGCGAACGACCCUGAUAAAUUGGCAGAAGUAGUUGGAUUAGAACAAGUAGCGGAACACAAUAUUAUUGCCGUAAACCUCCUCUGUCAAGACCGUUCUCUUAAGGUCUCGUUUGAGUUCAUCCAUCAUCCUCAUUUCGCCACUGCUGUUGUUCGCCGAUCAUGAAUAUCUACCGACCCUAUUUAGUUUUUUUAAUCAUGUGUUUUUCCCUAUUCUAUGAUACCACCCUCCGUCUUUUACUGUAAAAUUUUGUUGCUUUCUGAACUUUUUUACAAUAUUAUUAUUUGUAUUAUGUAAACUUUAAACCAAUAAUAUUCGCUAUAAUUUUUAUUUCUAUAAUAUUAGUUGAAAAGUCAA